AUGGUGUCAAUGGAGACCCUUCCGAUUGAGGCAAUCUACAACAUUGCAGACCUCGUCAUAGAAGAGGCAUUUGAUGAAAACGUCUUCGCAAAACCCCAAUUGGCUCUAGCCCAAACAAAUCAUCAUUUCUAUGAUAUCGUCAACCAUCGACUUCGUGCAGCAAGCUAUUGCUGGGCAGCUCAAGAGGGGAGAAUAGAUAUCCUCAAGAAGGCACAUGAGCAUGGCGCCAAUCUAAGCGGGACUGGGACGAUGAGGCCUGAAGAGAGAGCAACACCUUUGCACUAUGCCAUCAAGCAUGGGCAUCGUGAUAUCGUCGAGUACCUCGCUGAGAUUGGCGUGGAUCCCCAUGUGCCAACGAGAGAAAUCUGCCAUUGCUGGAGCGAUACUGAGCCCGUAAGGCCUUAUGCCCUUCACAUGGCCAUCCGACAUAGUGGUUUUGAAGGGGCUGAGAAAAUACUGGUCAAGAAGCUAGGAGCAUAG